AUGACAGACCAAGCUGAGAAUGAGAUACACUUCCAAGUCAAGCUUGGAGAUCUGUUGAUGGAUCUUCGACGUCGAGCUGCUCGGGAUUCUGGUGACGCGCCCACGAAGUUGGCGAAAGUCCUCCGACUGCGCGUCGCUCUGCCCAGCGCCUUCUCACCACCAGCCGCUCUUUUUACUUUUUCGCAUAAGAUACCCUCCCAUCCACAUCCACAUCCAACAAAAACAACAAAUCAACAACCAAAUCGCUUCGAUACUUCUAACUUAUUCCAAGAUGGACACGGUGAUGAAAGUGUUGAUCGGUAUUCAGACUUCGUGGGAUCAACCCAAACACCGGUGUCAUAUCCACCACAAUCCAUUCUGGAUGCACCCACCGGACUGAUCCUAGUGCUCUUGACGACCUUCUUUGUGAAGUAUAAGCCCACGCCGCGCCCACGCUCACGGGCGCCGACGGAGACGAAUGGAUCGUCGUCGCGCUCGCGGAUGGCUGCCCGGUGGGCGAACAUGGAGCGCGGCUCGCGGAGCACCCGAUGCGAGGAUGCGUAUGCCGACGGCGGGAUGGUGGAGGACAUCGGGCCCGGGCGGGCGUCGGACGAGGUCGAUCCGGCCGACUUUGGCGGCCUGGCCUCCUUCCGCACCGGCGAGGGUCUGCGCAGGUCUCCCGGCACGUUCGGGUCGAGUCUCGUCGGCACUGGGCCCAACGGCACCCGCAGCUUCCUCAAAGGCUGGUUCGGACUCGACGAGCCCACCAGUGCCGGCUACAACACCCGCCCUGACCAGCGCGAGAAGUCCAUCAAUGGCGACGUGCUCCCCAUGCGCGCCACCAACGGCACUCACGCCGAAGACCUUCAUCCGCAUAUCCCCGUCGUCCCCCAUCAUCGCAUCCCGACUACCGAUGAUCACGACUGGGAGACACGCUCUCAGGGCUCGAACGUCUGA